UUGUAUAGCGGUUGCCCGCGUUUGUAUAGCUUGCAGGGAAUCAUACAUUCAGCUCGACUACCUUAAAGAAAGGUGGACGGGCCAGCCUCACAAUGUGGUCAGCAGUGUUAUUUCCUCUCAUAGUGUCUGUGCUCGAUACGGUGAAAAAUUGUCAUGCUCAAAAGAGAAGUGUCGCUCUACCAUUCUGGGUAAAUGAAGCAGUUUUUGGGCCUUCGCAAAAUGCCUUUGAGAAUGUUAACAGAGGAGGAAACGGCGUAUACGCACUCUUGUGGGCCACAUACAACAAUGACCCUGCUGCAUUGGGUCAUCACUUCAAGUGUGUCAUCGCAUAUAACACCAAGCGGAAUGCUCUAGACCACACUCUGCGAUCCCAUUUCAAAUUUAGAAACGAUAGAAGUGGAACUUCAUACAUAAAAACCAGAAUAAAAGUUACUGCCGUUAAAUACUUUGGAUAUCGCCAUUACAGAAAUGCGUUACAGCUAGACAAAGAUGGAAAGAAAUUCACGAAUAUCUUGAUAUUUUCAAACGGGCGGUACUGUGAUGUAUUUCUCGUGCCGAAGCACAAAAACGAUGUGUGCGCUGGGGAAACCUACAUAUAAAAUUUACACUCCGGAAGAAUGCGACAGGAAGCAAGCUCCUGGUUUGCGGCAGGAGUAGUGUCUUGUUUACCUCGUUACUCCAGUUCACUUCAUUUUCAUUGUGAACUUGACACCUAGUAAUUUGAAAAAUAAAUGUAUUAUUAUUAUUACAGGAAACUAAGCAAAAUAUGCGCAUGAUCUUGCGAAUGAGCAAUUUCCCUAGUUUUAAUAUCAAGGUUUGUUUCAAUAAAACCACCUGCGAACAGCUGU